AUGCUCGCGCGCGGCAUGAUCCGGUGGUUUUCUUCGUCCACACGCUUGCAAGGCGUCGUGGUGGGGCAGAUUGUCAAGUUCAAGAGCCACCCGCAAGCGGAGCGUUUGAAUAUCUGCGAAGUGGCAAUUGCAGCUGAUGCUGAACCUGUCCAGAUUAUUUGCGGCGCACCAAACGUACGCAAAGGCAUGAAGGUGCCCGUGGCGACUAUCGGUACCAAAUUAACGUUCCGUGUGCCCAACCCCGAGGAUGAAGGGUCGUUGGUGGACAAGGUAGUCAAGAUCAAGAAGUCGAAACUGCGGGGCGAAGUCUCGAACGGGAUGAUUUGUUCGGAGGAAGAAAUCCGACUAGCUGAGCACAGCGACGGCAUCAUGGAGUUAUCGCCAGCAUCUAUUGUUGGCACUCCUAUGGCCACUUAUCUGGCAGAGAACGAUAGCACCAAAGCACUGCAUGAACAAUGA